CAUUCUGACAAAUAAAUCAACAACAUCUGAAAGAGAAAAUCUUUGAUAUGGCAGACCUUCGUCAAAAAAUUGAAGCUCUGAAGGGUCUUGUUGAUGUGCUAAAUAGCAUGGAUGAGGGUGAAAGUGGUCAGAACGCAACGCCACCCAACAACGACGGUGCUUCUGCGGCAGCAAGAACAGGAAGUAAGGGGCGUUCUGUUGGAAAAUUCAAGAACACCGGCGAUCAGAAGAUUAAAGGUCUCAGUAACCAAACUGGUUUCACCGAAGGGAACGCUAAUGGAGCUAUCAACUUUGGUGAUUUGGAGGUCUAAAAAGUCACUGAAAUUGAAGGAAUAAGGAAUGAUAACCUACGCGAUUAUAUAUAUGUAUGAACUUUGAACGUCUCCUGAAAUACGUAAAUAAUAAAUAAUAAGAACUUCGAAGUUUAUUUUCA